AUGUCCACUCCGACCGCCGCACAGGUCGCUGCCCAGUUCGAGGAGCUGCUCAUGAUCCUCAACGGCAGCUUUAUCUCAUCCUGUUGUGAACUAUCUAUCUGCGCUGUCAUCUUGUAUGAGCACCUCGUCACCUUUGGCACUGAGUACGACUUGGUGUGGGGGCGCAAGCUCACCGGUCCCAACGUGAUUUUCUUCAUCAAUCGAUAUGCCUUGUUCGUAUGGUCCAUCGUGAAUAUUCUGGGUCUGUUCUCGUGGGAGUCAGCGCGGAGGUAUAAUUUUUUUUGGCAGUGCGCAGAGGCAUUCGUUAUGCAGCUUAUGGUGUACACAAUAUGGGCAGUAUUUUCUGGGCUGCGUGUGUAUGCCGUCAGCAGCCGCAACUGGUACUUCACCGUCCCCACGGUAGCGCUGGGAAUGGUACCAGUAGCCGCUAACAUUUAUUCGCUCGCAAAAACGUCCUACGCGUUCGUCGUGGUCCUGCCCGUGCUAGGACAUAUAUGCCAAAACACGUCCUACCUGACGUCCGACUUUGCUAUCCUCACAAUCGCAUCGGAUGUUAUCGUCCUGUGCGUCACAUGGUUCAACACGUACACCAUCAAGCGGGACGCCGACAACGCGAACAUCAAGGCGACCAUCGUCACCCUGCUCCUCCGUGACGGCACAUUCUAUUUUCUGUGCUUGCUAUGCCUCAACAUCAUCGCCAUCGUGCUCGACGCCCGCACGCCAUACGUCUACAUCCUCUACUUCGUCGCCCCGAUCUCCUCCAUGCUCAUCUCGCGCUUCCUCCUCAACCUGCGGCACAUCUACUACGCGACCGGCUCGAGCGCGGGUUCGGGCGACCCCUCCGGCCCGAGCACGGGCACCUUCAUGUCCGACAUGCAAUUCGCGGGCGCCGCCUCGCCGUACAUCGGGAACAUGGGCGCGCCGCUCUCGCACGGCACGUUCAUGCUCUCCGGCGGGAGCGUCAGCGAGUCGAUCGACGACGACAAGGUCGUGGUCCCGCUCGAGCUCGCGCAGGCGGAUUCGGCCGGCACGGUCGGCACGCUGUCGAACGACCUCGAGAACACGGACGUGUACAAGGCGGUGUGGCAAGUGUCAAAGGACCCGCUGCGCGUCGGCAUCAUUCCCCCGCGCGAUGAGAUGGAGCUCGGGCGCUUGGCGGACAAGGGCGACAGGCAGGUGUGA